AUGUUGCUUCUCUUCAUAUUCAUUUAUUUUGCAGCUGCCAGUCUUGGCUCCGCCACGAGAUCCAACCCCUUUCAACUGGUAGUCCACUCUGAGAAUGCAACAUACGAUGGUAAAGCCGUUACAACAUGUCACCAAGGAGCUUUGAUUACCUCGCUUUGCAUUUCUAAAGAAGCGGUCAAUCUAAGUUCAACAGAGCCGUUUGCUCUCAACAGCGUGACGGCUUCGGUCGGUUUCCUGGAAUUUUUAAGUCCUGCUCAAGCGAGUUCAACGGAAACAAACGAAAAUUCAACAUACUUUCCAAUGAAUCUUCAAUAUUAUCCAUACACGAACGUUGCCAUGGGAUUCUUUCAGCCUCAUGAAGCAAAUGAGACAGUAAAUGCUCAGCAAUUUACCUUUGACACCAAUGGCCGCUUGGUCAUGAGUGCACCUAUCAUGGAUGAUGCGCUUGCUCCGAAUUGGCAACCAGCACCUGCAAAUUCGACGGUCAACCGGUGGUAUGUAUGUGAUACUUGGGCACCCGCACCUUACAGGACUACCGCCAUUGUGUGGGGUCUUGGUCGAGAUGCACCGCAGAAUCCUACUUGUCAGAAGGUAGACGUAGUCAAAGUAUCGAGCUAA